GCUUCUGUCCUCUAGCCGCCGUGGUGUGCGGAUAAAAAUAACAGAAAAUAAGUAAGUUAAGGCAUUCGUUAAAGUUGACAUUAUAACGCUUCUGUGUGUGUGUCGCCUUGACUGACUGCAGCCCACGCGGACACCGGUUGAAACCACCGUUAGGGUUGAAAAAGCGAAGGAACCGUCCACUUUGUUCAGCUAACACUGACUUUCUGAAUCAGCGUGGCUCAGAUAAGCAGGUGAGGAUGGGAAUCUCUGGACUGCUGCAGUUCAUCAAAGAUGCUGCAGAGCCCGUCAGCGUGAAGAAAUACAAAGGCCAGACUGUAGCUGUGGACACGUACUGCUGGCUGCACAAAGGAGCAUUCUCAUGUGCAGAGAAACUCGCUAAAGGGGAACCCACUGAUCAGUAUGUGUGGUACUGCAUGAAAUAUGUGGACAUGCUACUGACCUUUAGUAUCAAACCAAUUCUGGUGUUUGAUGGACGUAACCUGCCUUCAAAACAGGAAGUGGAAAAGGCUCGCAGAGAGCGCAGAGAAAGCAACCUCCAGAGAGGCCGGCAGCUACUACGUGAAGGCAAACUGUCCGAGGCCAGAGAUUGUUUUUCCCGCUGUGUAAACAUCACCCCAGCCAUGGCUCAUAAUCUUAUUAAGGCUGCAAGGGCGAAAGGAGUGGACUGUGUUGUGGCCCCGUAUGAAGCUGAUGCUCAGUUAGCGUACCUCUCUAAAUCUGGUUUGGCCCAGGCUGUCAUCACAGAGGACUCUGACCUGCUGGCAUUUGGCUGCAAAAAGGUCAUCCUUAAAAUGGACAAGCAAGGCAACGGCCUGGAGAUAGACCAAAGCAACAUGGGCCGAUGUCGCUCUCUGGGGAACGUUUUCACAGAGGAGAAGUUUCGCUACAUGUGCAUCCUCUCUGGAUGUGACUACCUGGCCUCUCUACAUGGCAUCGGCCUUGGCAAGGCCUGCAAACUGCUGCGACUGGCCAAAGACCCUGAUAUCCUCAAGGUGAUCAGAAAGAUGGGCCAGUACCUCAAGAUGAAUCUAGUUGUUCCUGAGCAGUACAUCGAGGGAUUCAUCAGAGCCAAUAACACCUUCCUCUACCAGCUGGUGUUUGACCCCGUGAGGAGGAAGGUCGUUCCCCUCAACCCCUACCCAGAGCACAUCGAUCCGGCCAUCCUCAGCUACGCUGGACUUAAUCUAGGAGAUGAGAAGGGCCUCCAGAUGGCCUUAGGAAACCUCGACAUCAACACCAUGGAGAAGAUCGACAACUUCAGCCCAGACAAGCCCAUUCCACAGCUCUCUAAACCCUGCAGUCGCAGCUGGAACAGCUCACCGGCCCCCACUGGGCCCAGUAUCUGGGGUGGAGCAGGCUUAAAGCCAACAUGUGCUGCCUCCCCAGACAUGCCUCCGUCCACCAGGGGGAAGGAGAGAAUCAUCAGCCUGGAUGCUCGCAGGCUGUCCUGCAGAGAGCUGCAGGUGAAACGACCUCGAGACUCUAGUGUAUCAGACGAGGAUGUGCUGCAGCAGUACUCGUGCUCCAGUCAAAAGCGAUCCAGGUCAGACCAGCAUCCAGACAAGCCAACAUUAACCAGUCCGCCCCGGCCACGCAACUGCUUUGCCACCCUGCUUCAAAGGAGGAACCAGGAAGCUGAGGAGGAUGGCCAAACCACAUGCAGCAGAUUCUUCAGCCGUGUCAGUUCAGCAGCCAGCCUCAGCUCUAAGGAGUGUGCUCAAGAGGAUUCCCCUCAGGCUGUGAGCCCCUCUCAGGACAAUUCUCUCAGCACACAGACCAAAGACAGCAAUGGUCCCGAUGUCCCAUCCAUAGACACCCCCAGCCCACCUCCAUCACCGAGCACCACAUCUCCCAGGUCAGCCAGUCAGGGUCUCAGGCUGUUUCACUGGUCUGGCAGCUCCUCCUCAAAUGAACCAUCGAAAAUGGCAAAGUCCGCUUCAGGCCUGAGUGCCCUGCAGCAGUUUCACUAUAAGAAGGAGAGUUUUUCCUCGUCCACAAAGUACCACAGACUCUCUGAGGACACGUCACCCACACGUCACUCCUCCACCGAUGGAAACCCAGAGGAAAAGGAUGAUCACCCAGAGCCCCCCUGCUCACAGGACAGCGCCUACUUUUCCCAGUCGCAGCCUAACCUCAUCUGCCACAAAGAAGAAGUCCUCAUCUCCAGCUUUUCCUCCUCCCACCAGAACCAUGCAGCCUGUGAAAUGAGCUCAGGCAAAGAUUUUGAGGCAGAGCAGAGUCCCACACAUUCAACAGAAGCAGAUAAGAAAGCCUGUGUGCUCGGAUCAAAGGUUUCAGGUCUGUUGAAGCCACAGUCCAGCAGCCACAGUCCUGCAGGGAAGGUGCCAAAGUUGGGCCCAGCCAGGGCCAGCGGACUGAGGAAAAAAUCUUUGGGUUCAGGGAAAAAAACCUUUUCCUCUAAUAACGAGAACAACCCUGGUGUCCAGGCCACCAUCAGCAGCCUCUGGAAGAACUUCAGCUUCAAAAAGGAUACCCAGAAGAUGAUUCCCAGUAAGAAAGGAAAGCCCAUGUCUCCAGUCAAAGACAACCUGCCGGCAGGCUCACCUCAGACGGACAUGAAUUUAAUCAGCAGUUUCUGAUGCACACGGGAAUGUUUCCCGCAGUGCUGAGCGCUGUGUGGGAGUGAAGCUUUUAAACAUACCACGUAUGUGAAUGAUUUCUCAUUAGCCUGUAUUUCUUAAUGAAUAGUUUUAAAUAAAGCAACUGUCUUGUGA